CAGCAAUCGACAUCAUUUUUCUCUCUGCGAUGAGAUAGUGAUCGGGACACUGCAAAUCGCGGGGAGAUCCGGAUCAUUACUCUUUCAAUCGAGUAUGUGGAGGAUCAACGACCCGGAAAAGAAGCUCGUGGCCAAGAUAGACUUCUUCAUCCUCUCAUUCUGCUGUGUCACCUAUUUCUUCAACUACCUAGAUCGCUCCAAUCUCUCCAACGCAUAUGUCUCGGGCAUGAAAGAGGAGUUGGCUUUCCAUGGCAACCAGCUCAAUGUAAUCAAUACCAUCUUCACCGUGGGGUAUAUCAUAGGCCAGGUUCCGUCCAACCUGGCCUUGACCUACUUCCGCCCGCGUAUCUUUUUCCCUGCCAUGGUCCUCUUCUGGGGGGCCUUGACUAUGGUAACCGCAGCUGUACACAAUCCCCAGGGCAUCAUGGCCAUUAGAUUCUUCCUUGGACUAGCAGAAGCGAGCACCUUCUCGGGGACUCAUUAUAUCCUGGGUUCAUGGUAUACAGAGCGCGAAUUGGGCAAACGCAGCGGCAUCUUCACAGCGUCGGGUCUCGCGGGGACCAUGUUUGGCGGAUUUAUCCAAACAGGCAUUCAUUCAUCACUAGAUGGCGUCAGGGGUCUAUCGGGAUGGCGGUGGCUCUUUAUCAUCGACGGCUUAAUCACCUUCCCCAUAGCCAUCUACGGCCUACUCUUAUUCCCCGACACACCAACAACGACUACAGCGCCGUACCUAACAGCAUCAGAAAGGGGACUAGCCGUAUCACGCCUACCAACAGUCAAUUCCAACCGUGCGCCUGUGAACCGCGCAUUUAUCAAACGACUCUUCACCACAUGGUACUGGUGGGGAUUCGUCAUUCUAUGGGUCAUCGCCGGAGAAACCGAGUCCUUCUCCUCAAACUCCCUGUUAGCCUUGUACAUGAAGGCCCACCCUACGAUCCACUAUUCCAUCUCCCAAUUAAACAACUACCCGACUGGUGUCCCGGCUGUAGGAAUCAUCUCGACUCUCUUCUGGGCGACCCUCACCGAUAUCCUUCAAGGGAAGCGAUAUCUAGUUAGUUACUUUAUCGGAGUAACAGGCGUUGUUACCUCCGUCUUGAUCUUGACUCGCUUUGACUCAACAGCGACAGUAUUCGGGGCAUACUAUUGGGCUGGGGCUGUAUACGCGUGUCAGGCUACAUUUUUCGCGUGGUGUAAUGAUGCGAUGCGAUCGCAGGAUGCGCGACAGCGGUCAGUGGUCAUCGCCAGCAUGAACAUGGGGAAUAAUGCCGUUAAUGCCUGGUGGAGUAUUAUUUUCUAUUCGGCGAAUCUGGCGCCGCGGUUUACGCGCGGGAUGUGGGCGAUGAUCGGAUGUUCGAUUGCACUGGUUCUCUGGACUGUGGGGAUUGUGUGGAGGACGGUGAGAGAGGAGGAUCAAGGGUUUAGACAUGGAGAGCCACAUGGAGAGCCACAUGAAGAGCGAGAGAGGGCGGCUAUCAAGGAUAAUUAAUAUACACGCUGGUCACAUUACAACGUUUUGGCUCAAGAUGCCAACAUACACAUGUACC